UUCAAUUUUACUGUUCACGGAUUUUAAGAUGCUUGCUGUAGAACUACUCUGGGCUUGAUGAUAUCGACCCAUCGACAAUAAUUAUGUUUCUGUCGCACUUCCCAAUAAUUUGGAAUUUCUCCCCUGAAUUCUCAUGCAUCUUUCUUACUGGUGUCAAAAGUUGCAGCAAGCCAUGGCGAACAUCAAGAACAAUUCCACAGAGACACCACUUUUAGAAGCAACAGAGACUCCCAUUGAAGCCUUCAGAGAGUGGAAGCUGUUCCCACCUUCGAUAAAAUUCAUUUUUUGGAAUGAAUUCUGUGAGAGAUUCUCCUUCUAUGGCCUCAAGGCAAUUCUGGCCUUAUUCCUCGCAGAUCGUCUGGGCUUCUCUGAGCUGAAGGCGACAGAAAUGCUUCAUCUUUUCACCAUGGCGUGCUAUGGCACUCCAAUUCUCGGAGCCAUACUUAGCGACGCCUACCUGGGGAAAUACAGAACAAUUUUAUCUCUAUCACUUUUAUAUGCAGUAGGGAACUGGAUCAUGUCCUUGGCUGCAAUACCAGACCUUGACCCAGUAACUAAAAGAGCUUCAAACCAUGCAAUUUUGGGCACAACAGCAGGACUUUUAUUAAUUGCCAUAGGCACUGGAGGAAUCAAACCGUGUGUGGCAGCAUUUGGAGGGGAUCAGAUAGAAUUCUCUAUGCCUGCCAGUCAAAGCAAAGAAAGGCUGCAAAUGGUGUUUUUCUCAGUGUUUUACUUUGCAAUUAAUGUGGGGUCCUUUCUAUCCAUGGUUAUUACACCACUGUUAAGGACCAAUGUAUCCUACGCAGCUGCUUUUGGCAUGCCCGCCAUUCUCAUGGUGCUUUCUGUGCUCAUAUUUUGGGCAGGGCGGGGAGGUUACAUAGACAGAGGAGCACUAGGAAGUGUUUUUUCUAAUGUGGUUAGAGUUAUAGUAGAUGCUGUAAAGUUGAGGAAGGGUAAAUAUAAUCAUGCGCCAAUAAAUUCUAGUGCUUCUCAUUGGCUUGAUUGUGCUAAGCUCAGGAACAGUGAGCAUGAAGUUGAAGAUGUGAAGGCUUUGGUGAGAUUUAUUGUUUUCCUGCUGCCUGCUCCAAUGUUCACAUGUUUAUUUGGUCAGAAGGCUUCCGUGUGGGUUUUUCAGGCAAGGCAGAUGAAUGGUCACGUGUCCUGGCUUGGAGACCUCAUAAUUAGGCCCGACCAGAUGCAGGCAUUGGAUCCUCUCCUCAUCCUCGUUUUGAUUCCACUGUUCAGCCAAAUCAUUUACCCAUUCUUAGAAAAACAUGGAAUUGGUCUGAAGCCAAUGAAAAGAAUGGUUUUGGGUAUGUUUUUAUGUUCUCUUGCAUUUGUUGCAUCGGGAUUACUGCAGUUAGUAAUUGAUAAAAUAUCGACAUCUGGAUCUACUGGAUAUUAUUCUAACCCCAUUACAGAUGCGAAGCUUGAUAAUAGAAUUCACUAUGGAUUGUUUAAUGCAACACAUGCAUAUGGAAACACAAGGCAAUUGUCAAUACUUUGGCAGGUACCUCAGUACGUAUUGCUCACAACAUCAGAAGUAUUAUUUAGUAUCACUGGACUGGAAUUUGCUUAUUCACAGGCCCCUGUUUCCAUGAAAUCGGUUGUUCAGGCAGUGUGGCUUUUGACAUCAGCUGCAGGUGAUAUCAUAACCAUUGUACUUGUCGGUAUCAUUGGUGACAAGCUAUCCACAGCAAACAGAUCACUGAUAUUUGCAAUGGGAGGUUUUGUUGCAACACUGUUGAUGAUGUGGGCUAGUAACUCUUUCGAAUACAGAAAGAAUCUCAAUGAUGAAGAAGUUGCUGACUAUUUGGAAAUUGAGUCCACAAUCGUGUAAAAAGGAUAAAUAACCUUGCAACAGCGUAUCAUGUAUCUUUGAGAUUAAGAUGAACCUGAUAGCUGUGGCCCAGUGGUAUUUUCUAGGAAAUUUGCCAUGGUUGCACAGGUUCAUGACACAGCCUUAGUCCUGAUUUGAAACCUCUUCUCAAAGCUUAAAAAAUAUGAUUGUAAAACUCAGAACGAACUCCCAAAAGUUGUAUAGUAAAACAUGGAUCUAUUAAAUGGAAUAGAAGAUAAAUCAUCUGUACAAGAUUUUCUGCCA